AUGGAGCGUAAAAUAAACAGAAGAGAAAAAGAAAAGGAGUAUGAAGGGAAACACAACAGCCUGGAAGACGCUGACCAGGGAAAGAACUGCAAAUCCACCCUGAUGACCCUCAACGUUGGUGGAUACUUAUACAUUACUCAGAAACAAACACUGACCAAGUACCCAGACACUUUCCUUGAAGGUAUAGUAAAUGGAAAAAUCCUCUGCCCAUUUGAUGCCGACGGUCAUUAUUUCAUAGACAGGGAUGGGCUCCUCUUCAGGCAUGUUCUAAACUUCCUACGAAAUGGAGAACUUCUACUGCCAGAAGGGUUUCGAGAAAAUCAACUUCUCGCACAAGAAGCAGAAUUCUUUCAGCUCAAGGGACUGGCGGAGGAAGUGAAGUCCAGGUGGGAAAAAGAACAGCUAACACCCAGGGAGACUACUUUCUUGGAAAUAACAGAUAACCAUGAUCGCUCACAAGGACUGAGAAUCUUCUGUAAUGCUCCUGAUUUCAUAUCAAAAAUAAAAUCUCGCAUUGUUCUGGUGUCCAAAAGCAGGCUGGAUGGCUUUCCAGAGGAGUUUUCAAUAUCGUCAAACAUCAUUCAAUUUAAAUACUUCAUAAAGUCUGAAAAUGGCACUCGACUUGUACUGAAGGAAGACAACACCUUUGUCUGCACCUUGGAAACUCUUAAGUUCGAGGCCAUAAUGAUGGCCUUAAAGUGUGGUUUUAGACUGCUGACCAGCCUGGAUUGCUCCAAAGGGUCGAUUGUUCACAGCGAUGCACUUCAUUUUAUCAAGUAA